UAGUCUAGAAAACAACACGGCGCGCGCCAGAGCAAAGUUCAGCAUGAACAACUCGCACAAAAACCAAGUUUGUUAGCUAAAUUCAUUAUUUAUACAGCAAUGACGAAGCCUGAAGUCUUGACUCCAGCAUGGAUGGAGAGUGUUGUACUUGGGGCUGGACUGGUGACCAUAAUGCUGCCCGUAUCGACACAACUGGAGAAUAGCGCUGUUUUAGCAAUAGUUUUUAUUCUCAGUUGGUACGUCCAAGAGGUUUUGAGGAGCAAAGGAUUUGAGCAAUCAUCGGAAAUGAAGUUCAGACCACACAGCUGCUCUGGUUUGUUGAUAGGCAACCUUCUGAUCCCCAUGGUAACAUCAUCUUCGUUGUCAUCAUCCACCAACCAAGACACGCCUCAUUUCAAUGCACUCUUCCAGUCACUAGUCCUUUACGUAUGUGUCCUGACUCCAUUGGUGUUACUCGGCUGUGUGUUUUUGAAAUUGAAACCGGCCACAGAGUACCGCUUCCAUCAUCAUUUGUGGAUUCUUGGCGUUGUUGGUCUUCUGGCAUGGGCGCUUCUUCAGCCGGGGUACAAUGUCGCCACCAUCUGUAUUGUUCUGGUAACUGUGUCUCUUACAGUUUAUUUCUUCUUCACAAGGUUGCUGUAUUUCCUGCCGGGGAGUUUCACUUUGGGUGAAGCAGUAUUCGUUUCAGAGUCGUUGACUUUACUCACAGCGCUGUCUGCUUCCUCGUUGAUGAGGCCUAUCACACACCUGUUUGCUUGCUUACAGGUCUUAACCUUAGGAUGUGUAGUUACUGGUCUUGCGGUUUCUCCAGUGGCUAACAGGUUGCUGAAGCAUCCUUACCAUCACCCACCUUAUGGUUGGGCUUAUGUGAAGUUAUCCUUGUAUUUCUACCUGUGCGUAGCUUCAGCAAUAAUUCUGGUCUUGCUGCCAUGGCUCGGUUACUUCCUUGGACAGCAGCCGCUUCUGUGGGGAUUAUAUUUUGUGACUGCUACAAGACUAAGGAUGGUACUUUUAUGUGUGUGGGUGGUUCUGGUGAUGGGUGCAGUGGGCGUGAUCUUGUUACACCAGUCCUCCUCGACCAUUGUCAGAAAGUACUUUCACAUCCUAGCCAUAUGCAUAUACGUCCCUGGUAUCCUGUAUGAUGUAGACCUGCUUUACCUUGCCUCAGCUGGUACCGUUUUCAUUUUUAUUUUGUUGGAGAUGCUGAGAGUGUUUAGAGUGUGGCCAGUGGGUGGCAGUUUACACAGUGCCUUCUUGGUGUUUCUGGAUGACCAAGAUAGUGGUGUGGCCGUCCUAACACAUAUCUACCUUCUACUUGGAAUGGCAAUACCGGUGUGGGUUUACACAGAAACUAUAGGCAAUAGUCACCAAGGAUCGUCUUUGGCGCUGUAUAGCGGCGUUCUCUCACUGGGAGUUGGCGACACUGCAGCAUCCAUUUUUGGCUCUCUUUAUGGCAAAAUAAAAUGGCCAGGCAGCAAGAAGACAGUUGAGGGGACAUGUGCUGCAUUUGUGAGCCAGCUUCUUGGCUGUUACAUCCUCCACUGUCUGGACCCUCGGAUAUCCCCUCCAUACGGCUGGUUGGAUGUGGUCUGGGCAGUUGGUCUCACCUCCAUCUUAGAGGCUGUGACGACUCAGAUAGAUAAUUUAGUAUUACCAAUAUUUAUGUAUUCUUUGCUGAUUAGGUUAUGAUAAUUGACCUGGGUCCGAUUUCAUAAAGCUGUUUAGUAGAAAAUAUUUUGCUUAUCAAAUUAAAAAAAUGGGAGGGGCACCAGUCACAUCACAAGUUGACCAUAAGCACGUCAUCUGUUUAUAUAAUCAGCACCAAGCUGCUCUGAAUAGCUUGUAGUUUGGUUUGUCGAUACAAUCAUGCAUACUUGAUGUAAAUUUUUACCAAUUCUUCCUUAAGGAAACUUGAUAUAACUUACAAUCUAAAAUAUAACGUGUUCAAAUCUUAGACAAUUGGCCUGUUUGACUGAUUCAACAUACAUUCUGCAUUCAACCUGUUUUGCCUUUACCUAUUUCUAUUUGUAAUUUUGAAACAGUUGUUUGCUAGUUUAAUAAUAAUAAUAAUAAUAAGACUUGUAAUGCGCACAUAUUCACCCUGCUGGGUUUAGGGUUAUCAAUAAAAUUGAUAUAAAAAGCUCAUGGUAUGAUUUGUCCGUAUGUAAAUAAAAUUAUUUAUUUUUAUUCAAUAAACUUAGAUAAAG